AUUGUCUUGAUCUUCAUCUGUGAUUUUUCACGACAAAGAGAUUUGAAGAGGACCGCUUUAUCAUCUAAGAAAAAGUUUUGUGUUUGCAGAGAAAAUCAUCUAAUUUUGAGUGCCAUAUACGAGAGAAAAAAAAAAAAAGAAACAGUAAUAUUAGGAAAAAAAAAUCUUGUCUUUUACUUGCUUGCAUUCAAUUCAUUACUAGCUCUUUAUAUAUAACCGACUCUCUCUCUCUCUCUCUUUCUUUCUCUCUCCGUAGAGAAAUGAAAAUGAUUUAAAUUAGAAGAAACAAAAGGCGGUUUCACCAUUCAUGAAGCUUACGAAAGAGUUCCUACUACUAGUUGAAAAGAACAAAAACAAAAACAAAAGAAAGAGACAAAGUUUUUAGGUUCUUCAUUUUUGUUAUAUAUAUAAUAUGGCUUCAAGUGUUAAAAAUCCCAACCAAACCACUACUCAACUAGAACCACUCCCACCACCUCAACACCGUCAUCAUCAAAUUCAACACAAUUUUCAUGAUCAUAAUCAAAUUUCCUUUGGAAUGAUGCAAUCUUCUUCACCCCCCUCUGUCCCCGGAACUUACAUCAGAAACAAAGAUUCUGGAGCUUAUGAUUUGGGUGAAUUGGAUCAAGCCCUUUUUCUCUAUCUUAAUGGACAAACUGACCCAUCAAAAGUUCAAGACCAAAAACAGAUGAAUUCAACAUCAGGAAUGAGGCCACCAACUCUAAACAUUUUCCCUUCUCAACCUAUGCACGUAGACCCAUCAUCAUCCAAUUCCAAGACUAGCUUGGAGUUAGUUUCUCUUUCUCCACAAAAAAGUGGAUCGAAGAGAGCAUCAGAGCCGUCGAUGGAAUUAACCAACCCACCAAAACAACUACUCGCCUCUGUCUCUGACCCAUCCAAACCUGUUAAGCGAGAGAGAAAUCAUCGCAAGGGUCCAACUUCAAGUUCUGAACAAGAAGGACCUAAAACACCAGAUGCUAAGACACUCAGAAGACUUGCUCAGAAUAGAGAGGCAGCCAGAAAAAGCAGGCUUAGAAAAAAGGCAUAUAUUCAGCAACUUGAAUCAAGCAGGAUUAGGCUUAAUCAGAUGGAACAAGAACUAACACAUGCGAGAAAUCAAGGCAUGUUCUUUGGUGGAGGUGCAAUUAUGGGAGGAGAACAAGGCAUUCCUAUCUCAAUGAAUAGCAUUAGCUCAGAUGCUGCAAUGUUUGACGUGGAAUAUGGAAGGUGGCUAGAGGAGCACCACCAUUUAGUGUGUGAAUUAAGAGCUGCAGUUCAAGAGCACCUUUCUGAGAAUGAACUUAGAAUGUUUGUGGACAAAUUCUUAACACAGUAUGAUCAAGUAAUGAAUCUAAAGAGCUUAGUUGCAAAAGCAGAUAUAUUCCAUCUUGUUUCUGGAAUGUGGAUGACCCCAGCUGAACGUUGCUUCAUGUGGAUUGGUGGAUUCAAGCCUUCUGAACUCAUUAAGGUUAUUGUGGGUCAAAUUGAGCCUCUAUCCGAACAACAAAUAAUGGGUAUAUGUGGAUUGCAACAAUCUACACAAGAGGCAGAAGAGGCUCUCUCUCAAGGACUUGAGGUUCUCAAUCAAUCUCUUUCCAACACUAUAACAUCAGACUCAUUGAGCUAUCCUCCCAAUAUGAAUAACUACAUGGAACAAAUGGCCAUGGCCAUGAAUAAACUCUCCACUCUUGAAAGUUUCGUUAGACAGGCAGAUCUUCUUCGACACCAAACAAUUCACCGUCUAAAUCAGAUCCUAACGACACAUCAAGCAGCAAGGUGUUUCAUUGCCAUGGCAGAAUAUUUCCAUCGUAUGCGAGCCUUGAGUUCUCUGUGGUUGGCACGCCCUCGCCAAGAAUAGCAGCCUCACACACUUACUACUUCCCCCCCACCUAAAUUCAACCUAGCUAUAUAGCUAUAUAUAUAUAUAUAUGCUCUUUAAUUUGUAGUAGCUUCUUAGUUUCUCUUUAACAUUAUAAAUUUAAUGUUUUCUUCCUUCCUUUUGGUGGUACCACCCUCUUAAUCCUCAGUUAUGUACAUAUACAAUAGACAGAUAAUUAAUUAAUAUAUAGGAUUUAAAUUAUUGGUUCUUUUAUA